AUGGCGGAAGCCAUUCGGUCCAAGGUAACGACCCCGAGCUCGACCCCAGCAGACCUCCUGCUCCCCCCCGCCCGGGCCGUCGACCGACCGGCUCCCCGCCAUGGCAAGCGUGAUGGCCCUAAGGAUGCCCCCGCUGCCGCCGCCACCACCACCCCCCGCGAGAACAACAACCGCCGUGGUGGCCGUGUGAACGCUGGCAACGACGCUGCUUUCCGUGACCGCAACGCCGGUCGCCAGAACAACCGCACCAAGCCCACCGAUGAGGCCGAGCAGCCCGCUCGCCGUGGUGAGCGUCGCCCCCGUGGUGACCGUCAGUCCCGCACUGGCCAGACCGACACCCGCAAGCAGGUCCAGCAGGGCUGGGGUGCUGAGGGCGGUGAGAAGACCUGGGACGACGAGCGUGCCGGCGAGAAGAUCGCCCAGGCCGACGAGAACGAGCCCCAGACUCCCGCUGAGGACGCCGAGGAGGCCGACAAGUCCGUCUCCUUCGAUGCCUACCUCGCUGAGAAGGCUGCCAAGGCCAGCCUGGCUGCUAAGCCUGUCCGCACCGCCAACGAGGGCACCAAGGCCGACAAGAAGUGGGAUGCCGCCAAGGAGCUCGCCCACGAGAACCAGCCCGAGUACAUCUCCGCCUCGGCCGAGAAGUCCCAGCGCCAGAAGCAGCGCAAGGAGAAGAACUUCCUUGACGUCGACCUGCGCUUCGUCGAGCAGCCCCGCACCGGCCCCUCCAACGGCCCCCGUGGUGGCCGUGGUGGUGACCGCGCUCCCCGUGGCGACCGUGGCGACCGUGCCCCCCCGUGGUGGUGA